GUACAUUCCAUCGCUUCGGAGCUUGAAGAAUUGCGCUGGUUUCGCAACAUUAUGGGGAAAAGAAAGAGACCAGAUGAACCGGCAAAGGUGGAGAGCACACCCACUCGCGAAAAACAUGACGAGACAAAAAGUGCUAAAAAGAAACGGCAGAAUAAGCUGGAAGAGGAGAGAGUCAUAGGUAACACACCUACUAGUGAAAAAAAAGAUGAGACCAAAAGUGCUAAAAAGAAACGACGAAAACAGUUGGAAGAGGUGGAGGAAGUAAACAAUAAGAAUAAUGUGAAGACAAAAAGUCCCAAAAAGAAACAUCUGAAUCAGCAGAAAAAGGUUGAGGUUGAGAAAGCACUGUCGACACCCAGCAACAAAACUGAGACGAGAAGUGGAAAAAAGAAACGCCUGAAACAGUUGGAAAGGGUGGAGGAGAAGACAACUAUGGUUAAAACGCCUUCUAACAAAAAACCCGAAGAGACAAAAAGUGAAAUAAAAACACGGAAAAGUUUGGAAAAGAUGGUAGCUGAGCUAGAGUGGCAAGUACGUGAACUGAAAGAGGCCAAGAAUAACUCACUCCGGAAACAACUGAUUGAUUUAGGAGUUAUCAAAGAAGACACGAAACAGAAGGUUGAAAAGGAGAACGCCAUAGUUGACACGCCUACUAGCGUAAAAUCAAAAAGUGCUAAAAAGAAUCGAGGGAAACAGUUGGAAGAGGUAGAGGUGGAGAAAGCUGCAACGCCUGAUGUAACAAAAAGUGCUAAAAAGAAACAACGGAAACAGUUGGAACAGGUAGAGGUGAAGAAAGCUGUAACGCCUGAUGUAACAAAAAGUGUAAAAAGGAAACGACGCAAACAGUUGGAAGAGGAAGAUGCUUCCCCUGUCGGCAAAAGUGCUAAAAAGAAACGGCGUAUAACAACGGAAGUGGAAGAGGGAGAGAAAUCCACAGCUAACACACCUACUAAGAAAAAAUCUGAGAAGACAAAAAGUGCUGAAAAGAAACCACGGGGUAAAUUGUUGAAAGAGAUAGAGUCGAAGAAAGCCUUGGUUAGCCCGCCUGACGAAAACGAAACAAAAAGUGCCAAAAAGAAACGGCGAAUGCAACUGAAAGAGAUAGCAUUGUUGGAGAAAGCCAUGGAGCCGGCCUCGGGUAAAACGCCCAAACCAAAAAAAAUAACGGCAAGAGAAUACUACAGAAAAGACCACGUUCCUAAGGUGAAGAAGUUGAAAAAAAGUGCAAAGAAGAGGAUAAAAAAGAAGCUGAAGAAACAGGAGAUGAAGAAGAACAUGGUGAGGGUUCCAGAGAAGGAGAAUGAAGAACAAGAGAAUGAAAAACAAGCGACUGAUUCUGAGAAGAGUAUUGUGAGGGUUCCGAAGAAGCAAGAGAAUAAAGAACAAGCGACUGAUUCCAUGAAGAACGUUGUGAGGGUACUACCGAGGAAGCACGAGAAUGAAAAACAAGCGACUGAUUCCGAUGUUGGUUUCAAGUCUAAAUUUUUCCCUGAGGAAGUCAUACACAAAUUUAAAGAGCAAUGGAAGGAGAAAAAUCAACACAGAAAAGAAAGUCUGCAAUAUGCGAAGAUGUUCCUGUAUCAGGAAUUUGCGAGUAAGCUUGAUCCGAGAGAGACAUCUCAGCCACUUCGUCUUCAGGAUAUCCAGGACUUAAUACAAUUUGCUGUCCUCAUGGGAACGUUCUCAAAUAUUCCCACAAUCAGAUUUUGUAAGAUAGUGCGAGUGUCUAAGAUCCCUAAGGUCGCCGUCAUUGUGGUAAAUGGAGUCACCGAAAAACGCUUCCAGAAUAAUCUUGAUUGCUUCCCACACCUGUUGUCGCACUACAGCAUCACAUCGAAUGUUAAGGAGCCAGCCACGAGGGGGUCACUCCUCAAAAAGCUGUACUUUGUGAAGAUCAGCUCAGAACAGACGAGUAAGAGAGAAAUCUCGAACAAGGAAAUGGACAAGCCUGCGGAGCAACCUGUAGAUGAAUCAGUCAAAGAAAAGAAAUUUGUUAAAAUUGCAAUUAAAGAGCCACUCCCAAACAUACCAGGGAAACUUCGCUUUGUGAUGGAUAAAGCGGCAUUGGCAAAAUGGCGUUACCCGUCACCAAAUGACAAGAGUUACGUUCAUACUAAGUUUACCGAGAAUCUGACUGAGAGAAGCCCCCUCAUUAGUAUUGAUUGUGAAAUGUGUGUAACCAAAGCUGGCAGUGAAUUGACUCGCGUGUCAUUGGUUGACGAGGAUUAUCAAGUUCUGUACGACAGUUUGGUCAAGCCGAGAAACCGCAUCCUUGACUACGUCACUAAAUUUAGCGGUAUUACUAAGCAGCUUCUAGACCCUGUUACUACGCGGAUAGAAGACAUACAGAAGGACAUCAUUGAACUGUUACCUCCAGAUGCCAUCCUCGUCGGUCAGUCACUGGAGAACGAUCUCAGAGCGAUGAAGAUAUACCACCCUCACAUCAUCGACUCCGCCACUUUAUUCACGGGUGACUACAGAUUAGCUCUCCGUAAACUAACCAAGCAAUACCUCAAUUGGGAAAUCCAGAAGGGUUCGGACGGUCAUUGCUCUGUAGAGGACUCCGUGGCUGCCUUGAAGCUGGUUCAACUGAAGGUGAACGGUGGAAAGGGCGUAGUAGGGGGUCUAUCGGAUGUCAAGAAACCUGACGCAGUCAUUCCUCCAGAGGCUCCCGAAGAGCCGGAGGACCUCAUUGAUGAUCCCAAUGUUCCAGUUGAGAGUAUGUUCAUGGCGUCUCAUGCCAUUGGUAAAGUCAACAUGAUAGUGGACUGUGAAUACAGAGCCAUGAAGUUCUUCAGGUACCCUGUUGGAACUCUUCCCUGCAACUCUGAUACAGAGGCAACCAAAUUAGCCGUCGAGCGGAUACCAACUUCAGAUUUUGUCAGCGUUCAGUUCUACGAUUACGAGAAGUUGAUAAAUUGGUUCACAUAUUCUGAAAGUGAAUCCAAGGCUGAACUACGCUUGCAGGAUAAGAGAAUAGAGGAGAUUUAUCAGACCUUACCUUUGGGGAGUAUGUUUGUGGUCAUCUUGGGAGACUUCACCAUCAACCAUCCCGAGCCCCCUGCCGAUGAACUAGGAAUACGUUUCUUUACUGGAUUGAGAGUUUAGAUGUACGAUUACCCUCCAAUGGUUUGGAAGUCCAAAUCAUAGAGUCGUAUAUAUUA